AUGGUGGAAAAGGGGCAUGAAUUGCCCGAAGACGUUCAGGCAGGGCUGGAGGGAGCCAAGCUGCGGCCGGACCUCACACCGGCCCAGCAACUGCUGGGGUUUGAGCCCCGGAAGGGGGAGCGGGAGGAGCCGUUCGUGGAAUGGGAGGCGUCAAGACCCGCUGGCAGGCUACUGGGCGCUUCCUAUGCUAAGGCAGCACCAGACGUUGCAAAGAUGGCGUUUGAGGAGCGGACAAGGCACAAGCACCAGCGCCAGUGCCAGCGCCAGCAGCACCAGCAGCGGCCGCCGCCUCCUCCCGCCUCCCCUGGCCCUCCGCCCUGCCUGGCCCUUAAGAAGAGGAGGGGGGAAGAAGCCAUCAGGCGCAAGGCGCACCAAGAGGUCUUCCGCCUGAUGGCUGACAGGGGCGUCGCAGCGCCUGAGGACAUCCAGGCAGGGCUGGGGGCCCCCAAGCUGCGGCCCGACCUCACACGGGCCCAGCUACUCCGGGGGAAGCGGGAGGAGGAGAAGGAGCGGCGCAAGGAGGCUAAGGAGGCACUAGAGGCAGCGAAGAAGGCCUUCGAGGAGGCUGAUAAGGCGUGGUGCUCCGCAGACGCUGCCAUCCAAGGCAGUGUCCGCUGA